AUGUUCGAUCCCAACGUCAUAACGACCACAACGCAACAGACCCAAAUCCAGUACCAACAACAGCCGCCGGACAAAGACAAAAACGGCCAGGAGCAAAAGCAAGAUUUCGCCCCUUUCUGUUACGCCAACGUCAACAUGAUCCAGAAAAUCGCACCCCAAACUCAACAUUCCACCAUCAACAUGUCGCAGUUAACUGAUGACAAAUGCUACAUUACUCAACCGGCUUUCAGCUAUAACUAUACUCUUGUAAAUCAAAAUCUGCUAACCCAAAACGCUAUAUCAAACAUUACUUUUAAAUGUGACGUUUGCGGACUGAUGUUUGCUCAUAUAAAUCUUCUAAACCACCACAAAAAAGUAAACCACGGACAGACUGAUCAGCAACAGGCCCAGCAACAACAAAUCACUGUCCAACUGAUGCCCACUCAAGUUCAACAAGCUCAACAACCGACACAAAUUCAAAUAGUAUCUGCAGAUCGGAUAAGGUUUUCGUGCGAAGAAUGCGGAAUGACAUUUGCCACUCAGGGCGAAUUGAAAACGCACAAGAUACAAAAUCACCAGCAGGCGCAGCAGCAACAGCAAGUCCAAACUCAGGCGCAACAACAACAAACUGUGCAGCAAGUUAAUACUCUGAAAAUUAAGAAUUGUGAGACUUGUGGUGCUCCUUUGCCACAAGAUACUAACAAGAAACGGGCUGUUAUGAAGGUCAAGUGUGAAAACUGUCUCAGUGCAGAAGCAAUACAGCCUCAAAUAUUUGUAGUGGCCGCUUCACCUGAUGAGGCUACACAAGUGAAAUUUGAAGAAACGGGAACGGAUGCUCAAAACCCUUCAGGUCUUGGCACACAAAAUUCAAUCCCAAUCGGUAUUAAAAACAAUCAUCCAGUUAAAAAACGAGGAGUCGCUAGUGUUACAAAAUGUACCAAAUGCAACGGAAGCGGUAUUAUAUUUAUUGGAGGCACGAAAAAUCAGCAGAACAGUGCCGAUAAACCAUUUCAUUGUAAUAUUUGCAAUGGCUCUUUUAGCAGAUACUCAUCAUUGUGGUCGCACAAAAGAUUGCAUUCCGGAGAGAAAAACUUCAAGUGCAAUAUUUGCGGUUUGGCAUUCGCCAAAGCAGCCUACCUAAAGAAUCACUCUCGGAUACACACUGGAGAAAAACCUUAUCGGUGUGGUGUAUGCGGUAUGCAAUUUUCACAGUCGCCUCACUUGAAAAAUCACGAACGGAUACAUUCGGGCGAGCGACCAUACGUUUGUGAAGUUUGCGACAAAUCGUUUGCCAGACAUUCAACCUUGUGGAAUCACAGGAGGAUCCAUACAGGCGAAAAACCAUACAGGUGUGACAUUUGCAGUUCGUGUUUCAAUCAGGCGACACAUUUGAAGAACCAUCAGAAAGUGCACUCUGGAGAAAAACCAUUCAAAUGUGAUAUUUGUACUGUAGGAUUUUCAGACAGAUUUGCCCUAAAAAGACACAGGAAUAUCCACGAAAAAUACGGUAGGACGAAACCGAUGACUCAGGGUCAGGCUGAGGGUGUAUCUUUAGAUGUGUCAGCAGAUGCCAUUGCUCAGGAUGAUGUAGAACAGGAAGAAUUAUUAGAGGCAAAGUUUGAAGGAAAAUAUGAAGAGGUUGACGAUGAUAUGGGCGAGGAAAUGGAGGAGAUUGCAGAGCUACAGGUCCAAUUGCAAUAA